AUGGUUUCUGCUGAGUUUGAAGAAAAAGCUGCCACCGUUUCCAGUUUGACCCAACGUCCUACUGAUGACGAAUUGUUGAAAUUGUACGGAUUGUACAAGCAAGCUACUGUUGGUGACAACGAAACCACCAAGCCCGGUAUGUUUGAUUUGAAGGGUAAGUACAAGUGGCAAGCUUGGACUGAUUUGAAGGGUACUUCUCAAGCCGAUGCUGAACAACAAUACAUUGCCCUUGCCACUGAAUUGAUUGCUAAAUACAAUUAG